UUUCGUCAAAGUUCUUCCCAAAGUCCGAGCUCAGUCAGUCUCGUCAGAGAGCUGCAAGGGGCAAGUUCCUCUCUUCUCAUCCCCAGACCAUGGCCUCCAUUAAGAUUGACUGCGUGGUGAAGGACAGCUGCAAGAUUGGCGAGUGUCCAUUUUGGGAAGUAAAGGAGAGCUCCCUUGUAUAUGUGGACGUGACGGGGCAGAAGGUUUGCAAAUGGAACACAGUAACCAACAAAGUGAAGACAGUGUGUGUUGACGCCCCAAUUGGAUCAGUGGUUCCCCGAAGAUCAGGAGGCUACGCGUUGGCACUUGGAACCAGGUUUGCCUUCCUGGACUGGGAUAAGGAGUGCGUGACUGACAUCGCCCACGUGGACAAGGAUAAAGGGAACAAUCGAUUCAACGAUGGCAAAGUGGACCCUGCUGGUCGCUUCUUCGCAGGGACCAUGGGGAUGGAGAUACGUCCGGCUGAACUGGAACUGAAGCAGGGAUCUUUGUACACGCUGCAGGCUGACCACUCGGUGGUCAAACACUUUGACCAAGUGGACAUCUCCAAUGGCCUUGACUGGUCACCAGACCACAAGGUCUUCUAUUACAUUGACAGCUUGUCUUUCACAGUAGAUGCUUUUGACUAUGAUCUGCAGUCAGGCAAGCUGUCAAAUCGAAGAGCCGUCUACAAGCUUGAGGCAGAAGAAGCCAUUCCAGAUGGGCAGUGCAUCGAUGAGGAAGGCAAGCUGUGGGUGGCCUGCUACAACGGAGGAAGAGUUCUUCGUAUAGACCCUGAGACAGGGAAAAGGAUCCAGACGGUGAAACUGCCGGUUGACAAGACGACCUCCUGUUGCUUUGGAGGCCGGGAUUACUCUGAGCUCUACGUCACCUCAGCUUCAGACGCCAUGGACGAGGAGUGGCUUAAACGACAGCCGCAAGCGGGCGGCAUUUUCAAGAUUACCGGACUCGGUGUGAAGGGAUUUGCACCACAUUCCUUUGCAGGAUGAAGAACAGCAUUCUGUGCGAUUACGGGCGGAGCACGUGGUCGUCCUAAUGAACUGCUUCGAGCGACAAUGAACCACAGUGAACAGUCUCUUGCAACCUUGCGGUUAAAUUAGCAAUCUCUAGACUUACUGNUUUUUUACACAUUGCCACUUGUAACAACGCUUACCCUCUAUGGCUUUUACGUCCAACCCCACCACUGUUUAGCGCUCUGAGACGCUAUCCUGUGUCAAGCGCCUAUAUAAAUGUCAGUUGUUGUUGUUUUAAUCCCGUGUUAUCAUCAUAACCUUGAAAACAUUAAAAGCCAUUUUCUCGG